AUGGAGCAGAAAUUGGUAUCGAUUUGGGAGAAAAUUGAUCAGUUCCCUAUGAAAGAUGUUUUCAAUAUGGAUGAAAUUGGGUUGUUUUAUAGGCUACAGGCUGAUCAUUUACUGGCAGCAAAACAACUUGAAGGAAGAAAACAAGAUAAAGAAAGGCUGACGGUAGUUAUUUGUUGCAAUGAAGAUGGCUUAGAAAAAAUCCCUCUAUGGAUUAUUGGGAAAUAUGCAAAGCGUCGUUGCUUCAAGAAUUUCAACAUGAAUAGCUUGGAUUUUCAGUAUCGAGCUAACAAAAAAGCAUGGAUGACUAGUGUUCUUUUUGAUGAAUAUGUUCGUUCAUUUGACCAAAUGAUGCAUGGUAGAAGAGUUCUACUUGUGGUGGAUAAUUGUCCAGCACAUCCAAGAAAUAUUGAAGGGCUAAGAAACUGA